AUGAUGACUGUGGGAGUCAAGCAUGGAUUUGGAAAAACGGUGGUAGAUCUCGACAACAAGGGCAUCUCGACAAUCAUCAUGUUCGACUACCUCACACAAACAUUCGGUCUUGCUGGUGGUGCUUUGGGUCGAAUAUCGUUCAUUGUAUUCAUCAAUGGGCUUCUUGUAUCCAAGAAAUGGCAUCGGAUCAUAUUUUGGAGCUUGAUCGCCUUGCAAGCGGUGACGAACGGCAUGUUUAUUAUUAUUCUUUUUGUUCAAUGUCCAGGACAUGCGUCGGCUAUUUGGGACCAUGACAAAAAUGGGAAAUGUUGGAAUACUCAAGUUCAGGCUGACUAUGGGUAUUUUCAAGGAGCAUUCAACUCAGCAACAGACCUUUAUCUUGCUGUCUUCUCUACAGUCACAUUUUGGAACCUCAACCUGAAGUUGAGAGUGAAAUUGGGGCUAGUUAUAUUGCUCGGACUGGGCAUCCUUGCCAUGGUCGCCGCUAUUAUUAAAACGGUACAAACUCGCGUCCUCGCAUCCUACGACAUUAACCCGACAACUGCAACAGUCAACUAUGAUCAGUACAGACACGAACUCAGCUCUCGAUAUGUUGUUAGCUCUAAUACACCAACGGGAAAAAGCGGACAGCGACAGUCUUCUAUCGACGGAAAACGGAUAGUGAAUGUUUCUGAAGAGAAUCUGAGCCACGACGAUGAGACUUUUCAUAGUGAUGCACAUGAUCAUGAUGAUCCGCAAGACUCGGGAUACUCGAGAGAGUCGGUCAUAAAUUGUGUUUAA